AUGUCUGCAUCCAAGUACAAACGACCAAGGACUGCUAUAGCCUUAAUAGUGUUCGCACUGAGCUUGAUGUAUGUUCUAGCAAAUUAUAAUAGCCUACAAGUAAAUAUAUCACCACCGACAACAGACACCACAAACGACACGUCCGACCUUCCAAUUGCAGACGUUGACACUCCACUCGAAUCUCCCACCGACCGCCCAAAUGGUGACAUAGACGCUCCAAACACAAAAAAUGGCGUUCCAGUUCCAGAGGGAAAUCCUCCGAACGUGGGCAUUGGUAUUCCUAUAGUACAAGAAAAUCCGGUAGUCGCUCCCAAUACUGAGCAUCAAUUUGCCAGUCCGACAAAGACAUCUUCCGAUUCGGAAUUAUAUCUCGCUUACAAUCCUCAUAGCGGAUUUCAUAAUCAGCGUAUCGCCUUGCAAAAUGCCAUCUUUAUUUCCUGGUAUCUCAACCGUACCCUUCUGGUACCUCCAAUAAUACUCGUGUCGAAGAUAGGGUACUCUCCAUAUUACAAACUGCAACGUGCGUUGAACUUAUUGGGUUCUGCUGGCAGACAUAUAAGUGAUUGUGAUGCAUUCAAGGAGGCCAAACGAUUAAAAUGUCUUCGUGAUCACGAGAAGAAAACACUUUUGGAUUGGGAUUAUCUGAUCGAUUUGUCGUGGGUCGAGAAAAAUGUAAGAAUUAUGAAACGGCCAGACUUUGUAUGGAAGAAUUUGAUGAAAUCCCUAAACAUAAAAAACGAGGCAAAAGAAGUAUACAUUGUCCCUGACAAUGCCCGUUAUUACUACAAAUAUUAUGAUUCACAAACAUCUUAUGUACCUCUCGGCAAAUACCAACAAAAGUUGGAUCUCUCUGAUCUUGCGUCACGCACUGAGAAACUGAUUCAAUUCAAUACCCUGUUUGGUAGUGGAAGAAUUGCUUUAAUCGAGGAUGAGAAUAUAAGCUUCUAUCAGACUGUGAAGAAGUCUUUGGUUAUCAAUAAUCCAAAGGUCAUAGGGGUUGUAAACAGAAUCGUAAACGACCUCGGGGGAACAGGGGCAUAUAUAGGAUUGCACGUCAGAGGGGGAGAUGCAUCGUUUAAACAACGUAAAGCUAUUACUGUAGAAACUAUGAAAAAGUACAUUAAAGCCAACUGGGAGUUCUUCGCCGAAGAAAUUCAAAAAAGGAAAUUUACCGAAGAAGCCACAAGCAACAAUAGUGGAACUGAUGCAGAAAAGGAGGGAGACAGAGAGGGGGAGAGCGGAAGAGAAGAACGGCAGGACAACCCUAAAGAUUAUCAACUAGAAAGCAGUGAUCUGGAUGACACUGAAUUUAUAUGUCCCACCACUAUUUCUGGUUCAAAUAUUCCGCUAUUUGUCGCGACCGAUCUUGAAUCAGACUCGCCAGAAUUGGCUACUCUCCGGAAGACCUUUUCAUGUCUACUUAUAUUAAACGAUUUCAACAAUUACUUAUCCGAUUUUGAUGUUGUUAAUCCUGCGGAUGGUGUAAAUAUACGUAAACAAUUUUUCCCUUUUAUCGACCUGGUUGUUGCAUCAAAAGGGGGAGUAUUUGUAGGCACUAAAGGAAGCACAUUCAGUGGAUAUUCAUUACAGAUGUUUAAAGGUUUUGGUGGUAAAUUUGGAACUAGUGUAUAG